AGACUAGCGCCAGUGGCGCCUCCGCGCGGAAGACCAUAUAAGCAACCCUAAAGUUUGCUCUUCCACAUCACUUCGCGAUCCGGACCCAGGACGAAGAGCAUCUUCUCGUAGGAAGAGAACCCUCGGAAGAACAAAAUGGCGGACCUCAAGCCCAAUGAAGUUGAACAGGCCCGUGAGCACUUCGAGAUCUACGACAUGUGCGCCGAGGGCAAGGUGGACUGCGCCGACCUGGGAUCCCUGCUGAGGUCCCUCGACCUGCGUCCCACCAACGCCACCAUCGAGAAGAACGGAGGCACCCAGAAGAGGGGUGAGAAGAAGAUGACGCUUGAGGAGUUCCUGCCCAUCUACAGCCAGAUCAAGAAGGACAAGGACAUGGGCACACACGCCGACUUCCUUGAGGGUCUCAAGGUCUACGACAAGGCCGAGAACGGCCAGAUGCUCGAGGCUGAGCUGGCACACGUCCUGCUCUCUCUGGGUGAGCGGUUGACCGACGCCGAAGUGGACGAGAUCAUGCAGUGCUGCGCGGGAACAGUAGACGAGGAUGGGUUCAUCAAGUACGAGAACUUCAUCAAGAAUGUUCUGGCUGGACCAUUCCCCGAGGAGCAGAAGGACAAGUAAAAAACAACAACAACAAUCAAAAACGCCAUGGGGGGGGGUAUGAAGAAGUCCACGCAAGGUCGUCUCUGUUUUCCUUUUUCGCUCCACCCGCCUUUCUGCGUCCGCCAUCGGCGUCAACUCUCACCACAUCCACGCACUACCCGACAAAAUGUGGGAGCAGCUAAAACGGUCGCCCCGUCCUAAACAACGGCUACGGGAGACAGCGGGAAGAUGAUUCGCCCGGAAGUGCCACGGUCGUCCAUGAUCUUUGCUCACCUAUAUCCUCUCCUCCGAUUGGCCGGAUUUCACGAACGUCACAGCUCGCUCUGGCGCUCGGUUGGUGCGCACUUAACUCGCAUCAUCGAGUGCCGGAGUCGUCACUGUUGGUCUCCGGGAACGCGAAGUGAUGAUGCUGAUACAAGGUCCACCCCGCCUCAUACGAAGAGAAUGUCGAAUAGAACGGCUGGCGACGAGGAGCGCGAAACGUUUAAAUUGCAAUAAUUGGAACCCAUAUGGAUCUAAGAAAUCGGGCAUGUACAAAUAAAGCUCCCCAGACAUAUAAGAAACGUGCCUUAUAGGAAGCAAUUACGCUGUUCGGACAAUAAAUACAAAAGACGUGGAGUGCGUUCUCUUGUAAUAAACCGCGCCAUUGUCA